AUGUUGCCCCCAAGGCAAAGUGACGAUGACACUGCUUUUGAAGAGCUGGCAAAGCAGACGCCACUAGACAGGUUCCAGAGGCUCAUGCAGAAGGAUUCGCGUCGCUAUGAGAUGCUGGUUCUUGCAGUGGAGGCGGCCUAUCUCAUCAUGUAUAUUGCAUUCUUCAUCUUAACAGGACUAGAGAAGCCACAGAAAGGUGGUGCUCCCCCAUCCAAAGACUUCUACGAAAGCUGCGUAGACAGUCUAUGGCAGAACGGAGAAAUGCGACUGGAAACUAGAGCUGACGAACUCCAUUUGCGAAAGAGGCUGCAUGAAAGCCUGGAAAUGGCUCGCUUGUGUGACGAGGAUUUGAUCAAAACCGACACAGCUGAUUUCUUUCUGUCUGAACGUCCCCUGAGCCAUUUCAUCCCUGGCUUGGUGGUGGCCCUGCGCUUUUGGAAACUCUUUGGCCUCCGCUUGCUGUGCCGACGGGUCCACAUAGCUCCGCACCACUGCUGGGCCUUGGACACGGCCUUCCAAACCAUCGUCCUUUGCUGGUACGGCUUCAUGGCAGGACUCUUCUCAACCUUGAACUUGCUGAAAGUAGACGACAACAAAUUUGGCAAAGCCCUCUUCAUAGGACCCAGUAUUUAUGUGUUUCUGCUCACGUCUCUUUGCCUCAUGGUGCUAGACCAGUGGCAGACCUUGAUCGCAUCAAGUGCAUCUUGUAGCUUUUUCGUCAUUCCUCAGAUGGUGGCGAUCAUCCGCGUCUUCGAUCACAAAGGACCACUUCUUGCUCUGCUUCUGGACUCCAUGAAUCAGUUUGCUUUGAUCAUUGGCGUGGUAGCGCUCAGUGUGGCCAGGUGGUCUGCAUGGCGAGACAAACAACUAGACUUUCGACGAGAGGAGAAACUGAAGACUUUUAUCAUUGACGAAAAGGUGAAGCGCUGCGCUGCAGAGUUGGCAGCACAGGCCGCUCAGGGCGAGACACAGGUGUCCACAGAUGGUGAAUCCUCAUACCUUUAUCAUGCAGGGGCAGCGAAUCCGCCGUGCUGGCAUAGUCCUCCUUCAAUUGCAGAGACAGCACAGUCCGCACCCGCGAACCCGGAUAGGCUAGCGUUGCUGAAGGGCACUGCUCGCUGUGAUUGCCUACCACUGACUGCAAAGGUCUAUUUGGAAGGUCGCCCCGCGGCUGUUCCAGCAUCACAGCUGGAGGUGGGUGAUCGCUUGCUUUGUUAUGAUCACCUGGCUGGAAGCAUUCGCUUCGUAGAUGUGAACGACUGCGGGGUUGUAUCUGGUGAAUGUGAGUGGUCUCACAUCACUAUGGCAGAUGGCACCUCAGUGAGCGUGACUGCUGAACAUCCAGUUCGAGUGGUUGGGGAGGUGGACAGUGAUGGAAGAGGAGCCUUUGGCCUUGGUGGUGGCCAGGUGGUGAAUGCCGGGCAGUUGAGGCCCGAGAAGGACAUGCUGAAGAUCUUGAGACUUGGCGCUGUGCCAGUUCAGACGAUGCAUCUAAAAUCGAGCCAGGAACCGCGCGUGCGAGUGAAUCUACAUCAGAGUCUGGCGCUAUUCCCUGUUUUGCUCUCAGGGUUCAGGGGCUGA